GGUUUGGUAUUUGUGUUGUCGGUUACUGUCAUUGUCAGUUGAGCGUCAUUUUAUUAAUCUUCUUGCAUUUAGAAUUGUUGUGAAUUCUGACUUAGGCCCAAGUAUUAAUGUCAAAGGUCACAGACGUUUUGGAUUUUAAAGAACUUGAAAAGGAGUUGAAGGAAAGUAUAAAAGAGGAUGAAAAAUAUUGGAGGGAAAACGACGCCAAACUGCGAGCUGUGAAUCAAAAAGUUGCUUCCUACGAAGAGUUUAGAGAUAUUGUGAAAGCUGCACACCUGAAACCGUUAGAUAAAUCAGAUCGUCUCGGGCCAGACAGUAACUCCAAGGGCUGUAUUUGGAAUACCUUUGUAGAGAAAAAAACUGAUUUAUCACCUCUUCAAAACAUGGAGAUUGAAAACGUUUUGAAUGAAAUCAAGAACGAUGAUGAGUCGCUGACUGGAUAUCGAUAUGUGAGAAAGUUCAGCGUUCUUCGCACAAAUGAGGAGCGAUACAAACUGCUCAUGAAAACCGGAAGUGAGGAGCUUGGGAAUAUAUUCAAAACUGAAAUCCCCACUGGAGUGUUAGGAAGGAUCGUGGAAGCUUUGAUGUGCUUCUCUCCGACUGUGAAUGAAAUCAUCUUCGUCACUCAAGUCCUGGAAAUACUAACCAAAACCAAGAGAUUCAACAUAACACUAGACUUUUUAACCCGAGAAGAAAAGGAUUUCUGCAGCAAAAUGAUGAAGAAGUUGGAAGAAAGUCUAAAAGACAAACAGCAAGAUUUGGCAGAGCAAGGAGUAACAGAAUGGACAAUAACUACGCUUAGGUCCAAGUACAAGGUGUAACUUGGCUAUGUAACAUUCUUAAUGUAACAUUCCUGUUGUUGUUAAUGUAAUCUUAUGUUUUUACUGUAAAUAAUUGCUUAACAGUUUUAUUUUCACUUGUUAGCACAAUAAUACGUUUUACUAUUAAUUGUAGUGCCAUUGUGUUUAUUCUGUGAUUUUUUUGUGUACCUCUACAUAUUUUACUGUUUUUAAUCCUCGCUUUUAUGUUUUCUCAAAUUUUAGUCAAUGUAUAUUUUAUAAUUAUGCUCGUUUGCUUAUUUUGUAUGUCUAAGAGUUCAGCUCAAUACAGAAAAUGUGGAUCGCUGUGAUUUUAACUUUAAUUUAACUUUUUUCAGUUGACUUGUAGAUUUAGCUCAGAGAGGAAGCUAUGUUUUUCAUUCAAGUACAAUUAUCCAUUAAGUACUCGAUCCGUGGAACUGAAUUAUUUGAUUGGAGUAUAUACAUUUUUUAUUUUAUCGCCUCCACGUUACUAGUGAAUACAUACAUUAAAACCCUACUAAUAGGGAUAUUCAAUAAUCUGACAUUGGUCGAAGGAAAUUUGUUAAAACUGAACAAGCCAUCCGGGUGCUUUCAGCUGUGAGAACGAGAACUGAGGUGAACUUGCUCGAAAACUCCUUGAUACCUAUUAACACUUUUUACCUUUGACUAUUUCAAUGGUACUUCGAUUAUCUUUGCAAUUUCGGCAUUUUAAGCUGGACUCAGUGUAAUUUGACAGUUUCCGUCAUCCCCAGCGCUGUGUUAUAACCAAGCGUGCUCUUGAUUAGCAAGGGUCUACUGUGAGUACGGCAAAUAACUGUUUGGUAAAAAUUUAAGGAAACUUUCAGUUUGAGAUAAUCCAACAUCAUUGUUCCCCUACCAACAUAUUAUUUCUAAAAAACUGUCAAUAUUUAUAUUUAAGAGUCCUUGGAGGCUAGCGGCCAUCUUGGAUGAUUUCAAACAGCUGCCGAAGAGUUAUUUAUCAUCCAAUAAUAUUCUUUCAAACACUAAAGUGGUUAUAAUUUAAAUAUCUAGGACACUGUGUGAUUAUAAAUGUUCGAUGUAGUUUUAAAAGGUUUUCUAUGGAAAGUAACGGCCUUCUCGGAUUUGCCCGCUAUCAAAGUUAAUUUUGUCAAUUUUAAACAGCCACUCAAGAGUUAUUUACCAUAUCAAAACAUUUUUUUCGAAUACCAAAGUGAUUGCAAUUAAAAUAUCUAGUGCACUCGCACGGUUGGAUAGAAAUUUUCUUUGUAGUUUUUUAAUUGUUUUGUGAGUUAGAGCGCCUAGGCUCCAAGGACUCUAUAGAGUAUUGGUAACUAAAUAGGCGUUCAAAUACCUAGGAAAUUUAAUAAAUGUAGUAGGUUUUAUUUUUUAACAAUUUUAGUGGUAAAUGACAAUCUACAUGUUGAUUAAAGACUCUGCUGAUCGUGUAGUUAAUAAAUGUUAGUAAAAUUGUAUUGUAUACAUAUCAGAAUAAUUGAAAUACCAUUAAAAUCAGAAAAGAUUGUAUUUACUUGUUUGAAUGAUUUUUUUGCUCAUUCAAUUGGGCAACUGAACAAAUCCAGGUUAUAAAAAUCAUUCCACUAGGAAUUAGUUGUGAACAAAAAAGGUUUAUGAGAUAAAAAAAUCCUUGUAUAUAUGUUUCUAAUAGGCCUAUUUUAUAUUUAAAAAUAAUUUUGCCAGUAAACAUGUAUUUUUAUCAGAACAAUAAGAUGAAUUUACCUUAGUUAAAUAUUAAAAGACUGAUGUAUUGAUUCGUAAGUAUAAAUAUCGUAAAUUGUAAUUUGUAAGUGUGUUGUAAAUUGUAAAUUAAAGAGUUCUGACCCAAUUAAUACAUUUACUGUGGUUUUAACUUACAAUGAUUGAAAGUUAUUUUGCAUUUAGGGAAUAAGCUAUUACUGUAGGUCUCAUGGUAAGACCUGGGCCCGGACCCAUUAACUUUUUUGUUUUGAUGUUCCCAGAGGCCAAAACCACAAUCCGUUCAAAUUCAUAUUUAUGUAUUGUUAGCACAAUGACUCGAGUAAAAAUUUAAAAUGAUCCGAUUUUGAUGAAAUCAACUAAAAGCGUAUGUGCCUAUUUAAUUUUAUAUAAACCUUACAAUUUUAAGGAAAUAUUUUGAUAAAAAUCCUAUCAGGGAAAUUCACUUACUCUGCAGGUUUUCUGCAUCGGCAAUAUUAUUGUAGUUUUUUAUCAAUUGUAAAGUUUUUUUUGUUAUAUAUUUAACACAAAACGAAUUUGUUUAUAUUUCUUCCUGAUUAUCACAUCUAUUAUUAUUAGGAGCGUUUGCUUGCAUACACUAUUUGAUGUUUAAAAAUUUAAAACUAAAUCAAGUAUGUAUUACCACAGUAAAUGUGUAAAAAGCUUCUGCUUUUUUAAAGAUUAAAAUAUCUUUCCUCGAGAAGAAAUACUAAUUGCUCAGUUAAUGCAUACUUUAAGUUGAAUGUUAGGUAUGAGACAUAAAAUAUUCUCUUAACGUUAACGUAUUUAACAUUCCUAAUUUUCUGUUAUUUUUUAUGAUAGAAAUGUUUCAUUAAUAUAAUAUAGUUGUUGUUUGAUUGUAAUAAACACUUUAAAAGUC